AUGACAAUCAAGAAUGUAUUGCCAUUGUAUGUUGGUGCUCAAGUAACACCAGAUACUGCUGUCGGUUGUUACGAUGGAAAGAGUAAUUAUUAUAUAGUGUUUCGUGAGAGAAACAAAAAUUCUACUAUCAUCAGUUACGAUGUCUUUGGAAAAGUUGAACAACUCUAUGGUGUAGAGAUCGUUACUUUGGUGAAUGACACGACCUUAUAUACGUUGUAUGCAAUCGAACUCGAUACCUCAAGCAGUAACGCCACAACCACCUAUCUCCACGAAGUAUAUUCCACUGGCUAUGAUUCCCGAUUGACACCAUUCGUUACCAACUCCCAAUCAAUUGUAUUCUAUACUAUUGAUGACCGUCAAAGAUUGGUUACAACUGUUGUACGGCUCGCUAAUUUACAAACAACAGUUUAUCCAACCUCGACAGAUUUCUAUAACAAAGAUGUUUCAAUGUUCUUACCAUAA